UUCCUCCUCUCCAACAAUUCCCUAUUCAGCUCCCACGUGCCCCUGCCCCCUCCCUACAGCGACCAAGGUGCUAUUGUCUCGUUUCCUCUGGCCAUGCAAGUCGACCUCCAGCCCACCGACCGCGCACGCGCACGCGAACACACAAACAGAUCUUCUGCUGAAAUUCACUUUCAACCAGGCACAGGACCCUGCGCGGUGAAUUGGAUCCCUUACUGCGUUUCCCAUCAAAUAGAAAUAAACAACAUGCUCUUCUAGAUACGGCAAGAUCGUUACGUUUUUACGAAAUGACAGAACCUGGGAAACUUUUAAAUACUGUUUGAAGGGAAGUUACUGCAAAGAGAAGAAAAACACUUGUUGGUGAACCAGUCUGAUGUUUCCCGGGACAGUAGCAGUGUUGCACGUGUUGACUUGACAACCAGAGGUGACAACCAGGUGAAGCAACCAACCCAAACACACACACAUAGUGUCAGCAUCUCUGGGAGUGUGUGUGUGUGUGCAUCUGAGAUCGGGAUGCCUUGGAGGGGGCUUGCCUGGUGGACCCCCCACUGACCUCCCCAGAAAACGCCCACUACCCCACCCCCAACCGUUACCCUUCUACCUCCACCCCGGCCUCAGCAUGGCUGGUCUAGUGCUGAAUGAGACAGGCAUGGAGGACUGUGGGAUAGAUGACAGCUUUAAGUAUGACCUGUACAGCGUGGUCUACAGCGUGGUGUUUGUCCUGGGGCUCUGCACCAACUGUGCUGCUCUCUUUGUGUUCUGCUUCCGGAUGAAGCUACGCAACGAGACAACGCUGUUCAUGACUAACCUGGCGUUGUCAGACCUUGUGUUUGUGUUCACACUGCCCUUCAAGGUCUACUACAACGUCAACCGACACUGGCCCUUUGGAGAUGAACUUUGCAAGGUAUCAGGAACAGCGUUCAUCACCAACAUCUACGGUUCCAUGUUGUUCCUCACCUGCAUCAGCGUGGACCGCUUUCUGGCCAUCGUCUACCCCUUCCGCUCACGCUCAGUCCGCACGAGGAGGAACGCAGGCCUGGUGUGUGCUGCGGUCUGGCUCACCAUCGUGGGUGGAGGGAUAUCGGUCACCUUCUUUUCCACGAUCAACCAGGCGAACCGCGCCACGGCCUGCUUCGAGGGAUUCUCCAAGAGCACCUGGAAGACAUACCUGUCUAAGAUCACUAUCUUUAUAGAGAUCGUAGGUUUUCUCCUCCCACUCCUAACCAACCUGGUGUGUUCCUCUCUGGUGCUGAGAACCCUCCGUCGCCCAGGGACCAUCGGCCACGGCUGCAACAGCAAGCGCCGGGUGCUCCGUAUGAUCCUCGUCCACUUGGCCAUCUUCAUCAUCUGCUUCGUCCCCUACAACUCCAUCCUCUUCCUAUAUGCCAUGGUGCGGACCCAGGCUCUGGCCAACUGUAACCUUGAGAGGUUUGUCCGGACGCUGUACCCCAUCACCCUGUGUCUGGCCACCCUCAACUGCUGCCUAGACCCAGUGGUGUACUACUUUACAUCUGAGUCCUUCCAGAAGAGUCUCACCACAGGGGGAAGGGAGGGGUGUACCGCCCCAGUCAAACUUCCCACCAGCCGGGUGCUUGAAGCCAGAAGCGAGAGCCCGCUCGGGCUCGCCUCCCGCCUCACCGGCCGCAUUGCGGCGCAACUCCGGAAUGUAUGCACGCUACGGUCAGACAUCCGAGUCACGCUGCGCAUCAGUAGCCCCCUCAGCUGGACACCCAGUCGAGUCACGCUGCGCAUCAGUAGCCCCCUCAGCUGGACGCCCAGUCGAGUCACGCUGCGCAUCAGUAGCCCCCUCAGCUGGACGCCCAGUCGAGUCACGCCCACGUCCCCCAGCAGGCUGUGGAAGUACUUUUACCACCAUGGUACUCCUUAG